AACACUCUUGGACAACCAGCAUUUAUAUUUCGUUCCAUUUGAACUUUUUUUUUUUCUCUCACCGGAAAUAUGGGUUCAGAGUCGACUUCAUCUCCGUCCGGGAAACGAAGUAGAGAUCCUGAGGAUGAAGUUUAUCUGGAUAAUCUACACUCGCACAAGCGGUACCUAAGCGAGAUAAUGGCAUCCAGUUUGAAUGGAUUAACUGUUGGAGACUCCCUCUCUGAAACUCUCAUGGAAUCUCCGGCCAGGUCUGAAAGCAUGUGUUACCCCAGGGAUGAGCUGUCAUUGCAGUAUUCACCAAUGUCAGAAGACUCAGAGGAAUCCCGAUACUGUGAGACGACUCUAAUCAGUUCAACACUGCAACCUGACAGCAGACCAACCAGUCCAGUUUCGCCCCACAGAUAUCAAAGACCACUAAGCGGAUUUUCUUCAGCAACACCCACCAAUUCAUACUCUUCACCUGGCUGUUCACUUGCUGCUGUUGCAUGCUCCCAACCUCGCCAGCGGGGUUCAGACUCUGAAGGUCGAUUCCCAUCGUCACCCAGCGAUAUAUGUCACUCUGCUGAUUUGAGGAGGGCCGCACUCUUACGGUCUGUUCAGAUGAGAGCACAACCAUCAAGCUCAUCAGCUUUUGAGCUGCCAUUUGGUCCUGGGCAAGAGUCGAUGCAGAGUAUAGAAGUUGAAGAGCGGCCAUGCUCAUGUGUAAAGUCCUUAGUUGAUGAGGGGGAAUAUCAGAGGGCUCAGGUUUCAAAUUUAUUCAUCGAUGAGUGUUCUUCGUUAGGCAUCUCAGAGUCCAAAAUCAGACCAGAAAAGUCUUGCAGGGUAUUGAAUUUGGAUGUGAAAGGAGAGGAAUCUGGAGAAGAGGAGUUUGAAGGAAAUGGGUUGGGGAGACCAGCUGUUAUGCCGUCUAGAUCUCGCUAGAUGUGAAAGAUAAAUUUUAUGACAAUUUCUAACUGAGCUAUUGCUUUUCUGACCAAUAGAUGUGGGUUAUUGCUUUGAAGCGUCAGCAUGAUGCCGGUACAUAUGUAUCUGUAAACUACUGAGAUUGUCUUUCUGCUGCUGCUGAUGAUUCAUUUGGAAAAGUUCCCUGGAAUUGUAUCUGUUAUCUACUAAGUGAAUCUGUUGCAAUACCAAAUGUUAAAUCUUUGUUUCAGCCUUGGUGAUAAGGCAGCAAUCUGGUGAAGUUCUUGCAUGGUGAUGUUGUAAAUCUAUGUAAGCCAUUCC